AUACUAUAUGCGGAUUACUUUCGGGAGGAUUGUUCUGUAGGAAGAAAAAUCGGCAGGUUAUGUUCCUUAGGAAUCCAAACACAUACUAGAGAAAUCAGGGCCAGCAUUUAAUUUUCUCUAUUUGCUAUGUGCGGCCCUGUGUGGUAGUCAGAAUAAUUAGUGAAUUUAUAGGGAAACCACGAUAGUGCUUUUCGCUCAUUUUUCACCAGAUCUACACAUUGUGUUUAUAUAAACAAUAAACUUAGUAUCAUUCCAGCUCUCAAUCUCUUCCAACCUCUAGGAAGGUGUAAACGAGUCCACUGUGAUAAAUAAAUAAUUAAUUUCUGGUUUUUACAACAGGUUAGUCGUUCCUGUAUAGUUGUUUUUGUUUUGGAAAAAUUCCUGAAUAGUUUUUUUUUUUUUUUUUUAAUUUAUAUUUUUGGGCAACACAGAAAGGUACAGGGAAAAGUUCCCGUCGUCUGAACUUUGGAUGCCGGAGGGAAAAGAUUACUUGGGGUUCCAAACGACAUAUAAGCUUUCCCUUUCGUUUUGGAACGAGAGGAAGAAAAGGUUUCUCCUGUGGUCUAAAAGUCUAGCACUUUACAUAUAAGAAAUUGCUAGGUAAAAGCACUAAUCGUCCAAAAGUCUUCUUCAAUGGAUGUUCAGUAUUCUUUCGCUGUAAAACUUUCCAAUCCGUCGCUGGUUAAAGCUCAUGAUAAGGUUCCAAUCAUAAAAUCUGCAAACUUUGCACAAUUACCUUCAUGGGUUUCGCUUAAGGGCACCCCUCCAUUACACCAAGCCCAGCAAAACAGAAAAGGUCAAGUUGAAAAUGUCCAUUUGGUUUCUCUAUCCAAACAGGGAAAGCUCAAAGAAGCUCGUGAAUUUCUCAAACAAAUGGUCGAUGCUGGUAUUUCUGUUAGCCCUGAUUCUUAUAGAAACCUAUUUGAAAUUUGUGGCAACUCUAAAUCUUUGUCGGAUGGAAAAAUAAUUCACGAACUGUUAAGAAGAACCGUAGAGAAACCAUCUGUGUUUCUUGAAAACACCGUUCUUAAAAUGUAUUGUGUAUGUGAGAGCUUGGAGGAUGCAUACAAGGUGUUUGAUAAAAUGAUUGAAAGGAACUUGAUUUCUUGGGGCACUAUCAUAUCAGCUUAUGCAGAGCAUGGACUUCUUGAUAAGGCCUUAUCUUUGUUUAUAAGUAUGAUUUCUUUGGGAAUUAACCCCAAUUCGUCCAUCUACAUUGACCUUUUACGGUCUUUGCUGAAUCCUUCUCUUUUAGGGAUUGGUAAACAGAUACAUUCUCAUUCUAUUAGAAGUGGGCUGGGUGCUGGUGUCUCUAUUAACACGGCAAUAUCAAACAUGUACGUCAGAUGCGGUUGGUUAGAUGGUGCUGAGCUUUUUAUUAACAACAUGGCUGAAAAGAAUGCUGUGGCUUGGACUGGAUUGAUGGUGGGUUAUACUCAAGCUGGGAAACAGAAGAAUGCUUUGGAUUUGUUCGCCAAGAUGGUGUGUGAAGAUGUUGAACUGGAUGAGUAUGUGUUCUCUAUUUCUCUCAAGGCAUGUGCUGGUUUAAAGGAGUUGAGUUUUGGAAGGCAAAUUCAUGGUCAUAUUGUUAAACUUGGAUUGGAAUCUGAAGUUUCUGUAGGAACUCCUCUUGUAGACUUUUAUAUCAAAUGUGCAAGUUUUGAACUUGCUUCUAAAGUAUUUGAGGGGAUAAGUGAACCAAAUGAUGUUUCAUGGAGUGCUAUGAUAACUGGUUAUUGUCAAAUAGGUGAAUUUGAGGAAGCUCUCAAGAUUUUCGAAUCUUUAAGGAGUAAUAUUGAGAAUUUAAAUUCAUUCACAUAUACAAGCAUUUUCCAGGCAUGUUCUGCACUUGCGGACUUUAGUACAGGUACUCAAGUUCAUGCAGAUGCAAUAAAAAGAAGUUUAAUAGCCAGCCAACAUGGAGAGAGUGCAAUGAUUACCAUGUAUUCAAGAUGUGGCAGAUUAGAUUAUGCUAAUCUAGCCUUUGAAACAAUAGAUGGACCUGAUGCUGUGGCAUGGACUGCUAUAGUUGCUGGUUAUGCUUAUCAGGGCAAUGCUACUGAAGCUCUAAAGCAUUUUUGGCGGAUGCAGGGUUCUGGCGCAAGACCAAAUGCAAUUACAUUCAUUGCAGUUUUAACAGCUUGUAGCCAUUCAGGUUUGGUUGCAGAAGGCAAGCAGUAUUUAGAUUUGAUGAGCAGCAAGUAUGGUAUGGCCCCAACUAUUGAUCAUUAUGAUUGCGUGAUUGAUAUAUAUUCUCGUGCUGGAUAUCUGCAGGAAGCACUAGAAGUAAUAAGGAGAAUGCCAUUUGAUCCAGAUGCAAUGAGUUGGAAAUGUUUACUGGGUGGGUGUUGGACCCACAGGAAUCUUGAGCUUGGGAAAAUCGCAGCUGAGAACCUCCUUCAGCUGGAUCCAGAGGACACUGCAGGUUAUAUUCUGAUGUUUAACCUUUAUGCUUCAUUUGGGAAAUGGAAAGAAGCAGCCAAUGUUAGAAAGUCAAUGGCAGAAAGAAACUUGAGGAAGGAGCUUAGCUGCAGCUGGAUUACGGUCAAGGGUAAAGUGCACCGGUUUAUAGUGGGGGAUAAACACCAUCCUCAGACAGAACAGAUCUAUAAGAAAUUAGGAGAGUUCAAAGAUAUUAUUAAAGCUGAGAAUGGCCUUUUGACAGAAGAAGAUGUAUCAAGUAGUUUACCAGAGAGGAAAGAACAGCUUCUUGAGCAUAGCGAGAGAUUGGCAAUAGCAUUUGGGUUGAUAUCCGUCCCAAGUAAUGCUCCCAUAGUGGUUUUCAAGAACCUAAGGGCAUGCAGAGACUGCCAUGAUUUUGCUAAACAGGUAUCAGGGGUCACAGGACGUGUAAUUGUGGUUAGAGAUUCAUUUAGAUUUCAUCACUUCAAGUUAGGUGAAUGUUCUUGCAAUGACUACUGGUGAUUCUCCUAAUCCAUUAAUCUGUUACAGCAUUGCAUUUUACAGAUUUAAUAGUUAUCAACCCUUAGUCAA